GCAAAAUGACAGUAAGUUAACUGACUCCUGAGCUGAUGAUUGUAGUAGAUAGUAAAGUAUAACGUUCGUGGAUAAUGGCGACGGUAUAUCACGUGAUAUUACGGGAACGCGGUAUCAAAAAGUUGUCGCUUUUUAGGACGUUUCACCUACACACGCGUAAUGGCAUUGAGUGAUUUUUUGAACAAACUUCCACAACCUUAGACCUGACAAAACUCCUAUGAAGACCAUACGACUAUUGACCUCUAUGGAUUGGGUUGAAUUGGGUGUAAGCCUAUUUUGCGGCAAUGUGAAUUUAGUAAUUGGUUGUCAAGAGGGAGUAGGCCUGCAGUAUAUGCAAGCUCCUUGAACGCAACGGUACAUAUUUACUUCCCUUAAUUAUGUGACAGUGGCUUCAGUCCCAUAAUUCUGGAGUUUAUGAAUACAUUUGGUGUGAUUCCUUUAGGCUUACUUUAAAUAUCAUGUAUCAAGUGUAAUGUUUAGGAGAUCUAGAAUGAGAAGUCUCAUUUUAAAUAAACUGUAGGGCAAUUAAGAGUUUCGAUUUAUUCAUUAUUAGUUGCGGCAAGGUAAAUUGUGUAUAUUAACUAGCAAUUUUUCUCAUUUAUCAAUUGUUUGCCCCGGGGCUUUGUUCGUGGCAACGCUGUUAAUUUUUGGCAUUUAUCAUAGUUUUAUGGUCCUCGUAUCCGUCCGGCAUGUCAACAAGCGAUUUGUAGUUUUUCGUUUUUUUUUCAUUUAGAAUUUAUACAGACAGGUUGUGCAACUGAUCCAGAGUGGGACUCAAGAUAUCUCUUGGUGGAGUGCUCUCUGAUGGGUGUGAGUCGGCUGGAUGUUUUCUACAGACGGCUUCUCCUCACCAAACUCUUCAUCCAGGGAUGGGGAAAGCCGGAAGACCUCAAACGAAUAUUUGAGUUCCGGAAGAUUAUUGGGAACAGAGAGAAGUGUAAGGACUUGGUUCCCCGGGACUAUCCAGUUUUCAUAGAAAAGGUAGAGGAGCAAACCGACUGUAAAAUCCUAAAUGGCCAUUUUAUCUCACCCCUGGAACAUAUUGUUCCUGGCAUCUUGCCUUCAGAGUCAGUGAAAGCAAGGUUCCAGUUUUUAGUGCCUAAGAGAUGGAAGAAGUACAAGCCAGUGUGCAUUCAUCUAGCUGGCACUGGGGAUCAUUUUUUCUGGAGGAGGCGGACGCUUAUGGCUCGACCAAUGAUAAAGGAGACAGGGAUGGCCUCCCUGUUGCUGGAAAAUCCUUACUAUGGAUACAGAAAACCUAAAGACCAAAAGCGCUCGUGUCUGAAAAACGUGUCGGACCUGUUUGUGAUGGGCGGGGCUCUGAUCCUGGAGUCAGCUGUCCUACUGCACUGGCUGGAGAGGGAGGGCUACUGGCCCCUCGGCAUGACUGGCAUCUCAAUGGGAGGGCAUAUGGCAUCUUUAGCAGUCACAAACUGGCCUAAGCCAAUCCCACUGGUGCCCUGCCUCUCCUGGUCCACAGCAUCCAGCGUGUUUACCACCGGAGUGUUAAGCAAAGCUGUGAACUGGAGGGAACUGGAGAAGCAGUACGCCACAUACUCUGUUUAUGAAGAGGAAAUUACCAGGAUGCUGGAGUACUGUGGGACCGAUUCAUUCAGGAUGGGCCAGGAUUUUGUGAAGAACUCACCCAGAAGCUUUGACUCCCUCUCGGAUCUGGAUUUCACCUCUGACCUCUUGACGCUGAACCAUUCAGAACAGGAGAAACUGAGCAUGGGUGCAUCAGUCAUGAGCUCUCAGGUGGGCCGAACAUCCAAUGGCCGCAAGCUGCUAAUUGGUGGAAACCAUAAUGGGCUAGACCGGAUUCUUUCGGCGGUGAGCAGCAGUGCCCCCCAUAUGGAAAUGCUGAAUGCCAAGAACAUCACCCAGGAGGACGGGAGCCGGAGAACCCUGCAGCGCGAGUCGUUGGGCUUCAUGAAGGGUGUUAUGGAUGAGUGCACACACAUCGCCAACUUUUCAGUGCCUGUGGACCCCAGUCUGAUAAUUGUGGUACAGGCAAAGGAAGAUGCCUAUAUUCCUCGUACUGGGGUGCGUAGCCUGCAGGAGAUUUGGCCAGGCUGUGAGGUCCGCUUCCUGAACGGGGGUCACAUCAGCGCCUAUCUCUUCAAACAGGGCCUGUUCAGGCAGGCCAUUUACGACGCCUUUGACCAGUUUAUUCAAAAAUACAAAAUCCCCAGCUGAAUAACUGGAAAAAACCGCAGCAUUUAAAGCAGCAGAUGCAGUCAUUCUCUGGUCGGCAGUGCACUGGAAAUGGGAGGGAUCAGACUUCAAUCACACCAAGCUGGCAACCAGCUGUAUGACAGCCUAAAUGUAUGAUUGCUCCUGCCCUCAAAUAAGAAUAUGGUGCUAUUUGAAUCAGAGUACUGGUGUUUUGGGAAAAAAUGACAAUAUGAAAUGUAUUUGAAUCAAAUAUGUUUCAGUUUGAAAGUAAUUUAGUGCUUAUUCACUUGGCUCAUUGCCUAGUCUACAAUCCAGCUUCCUUACCUUCAUUCGUGUUGCCUUUCAUUUGAUGUACCUGACAGCAGGUAUUUCCUAAGCUGGGGGGUGGUAUUAUUCUGCUGUUCCCGGUGGUCAAACCCAUAUGCAAAUACUUUUUCAUAAUCAAUAAGUUGCUGAAGUUAUUUAGUUCAUUGUUUUACCUGGCUUUGUGCAUUUUUUUACAAUGUUAUGUACUCCCUCCCUUCCUUCCCAACUGAAGUUAGGGUACUGAAUUAAACUUGCACAUACUACAUCAAACUGGGCUGCAGAAACUCAAUGAAGCAAAUCUGACAACAAUUUUGAAUUUGGGAUGUCCAUUUGGAAUCCAUGUCCGGUUAUAUUAUUAAACCGAGGUGCAUCUGAAAUCUGUCAGUCUUUAUGUAGUGCAUGUAUUCCUGUUGCUCUGCUGGGAUGUUGUGAUUGAGGGACCUACCAAUGUGUGCCAAUGUUAUUAUUAAGAACUUCUGUAUAUUUCUGUGUACUUGUAUAAAAGGGGAUAAAGACAAAUUGGCAGACUGAGGGUCCAUGAAUGGCAUGGAUUUAAUUGGAUUUAAUCUAGUCUGAGUGUUUCUCAGGGCAUGAUUGAUUUACACUUGUCAAUGAUUGAAAGCACACGGACUUACUGUAAGUUUCUCAGUCUGUACAGCAGCUUGCUACAAGCACAUGUAUGUUGAAGAUCUAGCCUUUGCUAUGUCAUCAGCAGACUAUGGCUGAGUGUCUGUUGUGCACUGAAAUGGCUGGGUCUGCCCACGGGCAGGCUGGGCUAAGUCAGCCUGCCUUGCUUUGUUUACCACUGUUAUGCUAACAUGAAUAGCAAGUUGUUAUUCUGAUAUUUCUUGACCCAAUCACCUCACUGAUUUUUUAAAACUUAAUUUCAGACAGCCUUUGCACUCACACAGUGGGAUCAGCGCAGCACUCUGAAUACAAAAUGUACCUGUUUCUGAAAACUAUGCAAACAGGCAAAUUUUACAGUGCUGCUAGGAAUUAUGGGAUAUGUUUUGCAAGAUGCUUGUAAAGAUCAUCAAGUAUCAUGCUUGGUAGAAAGGUUACUGACCCCCACCACCACAAAUGAAAUGUUAAUUUAACUUUGAAAAUACAGAACUGAAAUAAUGGUACUAGUACAUAGUGUAACUCAUUUAAGUUCUUCCAAAAGUGAACUGGCACUAUUUAUCUUUGUGAGGUAAUAUUUUAUGUCAAGUAAUUUGCACUUUUUAUUGUUAAUGAAAAUGAGAACAACCUAUGUGAAUUAAGAUCACAUGAUCACCAUUGAUUGCUAUUGUAAUCCUCAGGCCAUCUAAAGUUUUUCCUCAAAUGUCCACAGAAUUAUUCUUUUUUGGAUUGAACGUAGCAGACACACUUUGUUCAGUAAUGUGUGCAACUAUUUAAAAACCUUUUUCAUAAGAGAUGGUAUUUUGUCAGUAGAAACAGCUACAAGAGUAGAACAUAAUCACCCUUUUGUUUGAGAUGUACACUAAUUGUUUUGGCUUUGAAAGAUGCAACUGAAGUGUUCUUUUUUUUUCUUCAUUCUUUAAAAAUUGGUUUUGGAAUCAUGUCAAGCAGUAUUUGAAUUUCUAAUUAUUCAUAAAGCUGUGUUUAAGCAGUUCCAUGAAUUUGGUCAGUUUGGGUUUAAGUUGGAAGGAAUGAUAUUGUAAGAUAUAAAGAACGGUCUCCAGUGAGACACCUGAAGAGAGUCGCUCUUCAUGAAAAACACUAGCACUGAUUGUACAUCAGUUGGUAAACGGCAAAGUGUAUCUCCCCGUCUUUAAAAGGCUGAAAAGCAUGAAUGCCUUUUAGGAGCCAGUUUUCUUGUAUUAAAAAAAAAUGUUUUUUUUUUGUUUUUUUUUGAUGACUUGUGAAUAAUUUGGCUAAGUGAAAUGAAAACAAGUGAUAUGCUGUGGAAGUGUCAUCUAUUUUAUGUAGUACAAAAAUUAAGAAUUUAAUGUGUCCAUUUUAAUAUUUUUUCAAUUAAAAGUAUAGUCCACUGA